AUGGAUGCAGCCUCUAUUGUGGAGAUUCUCCGAUCUCAGAAUGCCUAUUUGUCAGGUGGUAAGGACCAUCGUGGAGGACCAAUUCUAUCAAUACCUAUUGUGUCUGAUCCUUCAGAAUUUUCACCACAGGACUUUGCCACAUGUAUCGCCUACCUAGCCAAAAUACCAAGUGAUGAAGCCAAAUCACAUGGUUUUACAAUUCUCAUUGAUGCCCGUGGAAGUACUUGGAACAGUGUGAAGCCAUUGCUCAGGAUCCUUCAGCAAGUACUCCCAGAAAAGAUCUUUUUGGCUUGUAUUGUCAAGCCUGAAGCAUUCUGGGAAAAACAGAGAGCGGGCCAGAGUCUGAAAAAAGAAAAAUCACAACUGGACUUUGAGGUAUUGAUGUUCUCGUCCGUUGCUAAACUUCAUAAAUACUGUUCUGCUGAUCAGCUAACUCCACUUUUUGGUGGAACAUUGCGUUACAACCAUGCAGAAUGGAUUCAGAAUAGACUGGACUAUGAGAAGUUUGUCAAAGAUACAAUCUCAAUGUUGUCAAGACUGGACCAAGCUGAAAUGGAUAUUGUCAACCAACUACAAGAUCAGGAACCAAUCAAACCAGAAGAGUUGCUAUGGCAACACCAAAGACUGAAAGACAAAAUUGUGACACAACCCAACUCUUUGAUCAUAUCAGGACAAAAACUAUUACAACAACUUCAAUUAGAUGAAGAAUCUGGAUUCACUCAAGGCACUGAACUUUAUCAAACUGAGGACCAUAUCAUCAUGACAAACCAUGCAAAGAGAUUAUUGGAUCAGUUAAAUGCCAAACAAAUGAAACUUGAACAAUAUCUAGAUGAACAAAAUCGUGACCUUGUACAGAAUGUUAAGUUGGGAGACUUACAAGGUGGUAUUAAAAGAGUUGUAGAUUGGAUUGUAGGACCAGGUGAGAAAUUAUUAUCAUCACAACAUGACAUCGGUUCAUCUUACACAGAAGCAGACAAACUGAGAAGAGAACAUGAAAAACUAGAACUCAAAUGUACCGAUACCUAUGGUAUGUAUGCUGAGCUAAGACAUGUAGCUGAUACACUUAUAAAAGAAAACCAUCCCUUAUCAAAAGACAUCAGUGCACAGAGAGAUUACAUGGAUACUGUGUGUCGAAGUUUUGCAACAAGAUUGGAAAGAAGACGAAAUCUACUCAUUACCUCAGUUCGAUUCCACCGAUUAGUACAAGAUGUUUUAAGCCACUUAGAAGAUUUCAUAGAUUUACUGAAGAGUGAUAUUCUUGCUGAUGACGUGGAAAGUGCAGAAAAAUCUUUAAGAGUUCUUCAACAACAAUGGGAUAUGUUAUCUUUGUUGAUGGAACAAGCCAUACGGGAAGCACAUACCCUACUUGAUAUGAUGUCUGAAACUAUCAAGAAUGCUUUCGGUAAAGAUAUCACUCCAGAUUACUCACCGUAUAAAACACAUGUCCAGGAUAUACUAGAUGAUCUACAGAGACGAAAAAUACAAUGUGAUGAGUUAGCUGAAGUCCGUAAACUUAAAUUACAGCAGAUAUUACAGCUGAGAACAUGUGAAAGAGAUGCAGAUCAGGCUAUUAUAUGGUUGAUGGAAUUAUGUGAGGUUAUGGUAAAAAGUCAUACUGACGUUGGCCAGAGUGCUAGUGAAGCCGAGCAUCUUAAACGAGAACAUCUCAAAUUUGAAUCCACUGCCAAGGGUACCUAUGAAUAUGGUAAACAGUUACUUCAAGCUGCCUUAGUAUUGAGAAGAUCAUUACGAUUUGAGUUGUCACCAAACCAUGAGAGAGCACAGAAGUUAUCUAGGGCUUGGAAACAAUUCUCUCAAGGCAUUAGUGAAAGAUCUUCUAGAUUGUCAGUCUCUUACACUUUCCACCGAAAUUCUGAAACUAUUAUUGACAAAUUAGAAACAUUUAUACACAAGAUUUGGUCCUACAUCCAAGGUGUUGAUGAGAAGAAACGAGAAGAGAUUCUUGCACAGUUUAAACCAGAGCGAGAUCAAUUGAUGGAGAGUUACCAUGACACUGUUGCCAUGGGAAACGCUUUGUUGGAUAGAUUAAUGCUACCCAUUGUUGCUACAGAAAGAGUACAGUUGCCUGGAAGUGAGCCCUCAGAGGAGUACAAAAACACAACAGAAAUAAUCUAUAGACUGCUUGAUGAUUUGGAAUGGAACAAACAAAUGUUGGAUGAAGUGUGGAAUCAAGGUGUGGAACCAAGACCGCCCUCUAGAGGCAGACAAGGGAGACGAAUCCGAGAGAUUGAAGUGAAGAAGGAGAUUCUUGAAGUACGGCAUACUGCUAAGAGUGAUGGAGAACAUCCUGGAGAAGAUGGAAGAGCAGCAUCACCGGAAAAGGAUGCAAUGAACGGAAUGAUGGAAUAUGGAAGAGAUACUCCCUCGACUGAAGGAGGUACAACUUCCAUGGAAAGGGGUGUGUCAGAUGCAGAUGCUGAUGCAGAUGCAGAGUUCUCUUCUGAAAGUGAAGUGUUUGUGAGAAGAGAAACUGCACUUGAAGUAGAGAGUCCAGUCGGGAGAAGUGCUGUAUUUGGACAAGAAUAUGAAAGAGAUCUUGAAAGAGAUUGGGAAUCCAUGCAGAGAUUGGAACAGAGUAUAAAUGAGGUAGGAAUUAAACAUGUGUAUAAAACUGUUUUAAUAAAUUUUGAAUGUAUGCUACCGUAA